CGGGAACAAGAGUACGACGAGGCAAGCUACUCUAGCACCGGCAACUACCCUGCUCAACGACCAUCGUCCUCGAGAGCCGCCGGCGUAGAAGUCGCUGCGCCAUCACAACAGACCAUGGACACAAUCGGGUCAACAACAUCUUCUGCUCCACACAGGAACCCACACGUGAAAAAGCACACCAAAUUCACACUGAAAGAGAUGAAUUUCGCGAACUCGCAAAGAUUCUUAGUCCGCUUGUUAAGACGGGUUCAACUGAUCAAAAAGCUGCUGGCGGUGCAGUUGGAGGGGAGUGAUGUACGUGUUGUAGCAUCGUCGGCCGCAGGCGCAGGCCCAGUAGAAGACGAAGCUGCAGGUCCGGCCGUUGGACAGCAGCAGGGUCGUGAUGAAGGGGCUUUUUCCACCCAAAGGACACAGCACGUCGUCAACCACCACGACGAGGACCGCGCUUUCCUUUUACGACCUGCAAAAGUAUCGUACUAGUAGAAAUCGCAUGACAAAUUAGCCCACCAUGACAAGUGAGAUCUGUCAUGCUGUUUUACCUUGGGAUGGAGAUCUGUCAUGCAUGACUGCGAUUACUACGAGUGCGAUACUCUUGCAGUUCAUGCCUUUCCGACGUCGCCAAAAUGCCGUCCGUCCGGGGAUCUGGUCUCCUCGACUGCCCGUCCUUGCAGGAAGCACUGUGGUUGACGGUGAAAAAUGACGACGUUGUGGCGAAAAUCGCCGACAUGGCAAAAACCGGCUGCGGUGUGGUGCCUGCGGUGAAAGAGAUGAUAGAUAACGGAGGUUUUCGAAUUUUGUCGCAACAAAAUAGAGCAGGGGGCUCUGGACAACAAACUCCUGAUGAAACAUCACGACAAGAACCUGUCGAAGCCGCUCCUGCGCAGGUAGAAAUGAUGCCAAGAAGUACAGUGGUAGGACGCCCUACAGAUGAGAGUGCUGCUGGUGCUGACGACCGUCGCCGAACAGCAGACCACGGGAGUAGAUCUUCGCAUAGUACUAGUACGCGUCGUCGGCGAAGUAGCUCCUCGCGCAACGGAGCAAGACCAGGCCGUCGCAGUCUUCAGGGUGACGGUGAGCAACGAGAAGGGGAACAUCAAAGCAGCAGGACUCUUAGCGACUCUGAAGGUUCUCGUCGUGGUGAGCAGGUCGAGACUGGGCGACGGGAGGAGUCCUCAGCAAGAUCAUCUUCUCGGAGGUCAACAAGAAGAGGAUUAUCAUCAUCUUCCCAGCAAGCCGAUACUAACCUCCUCUCCUUCGGUUCCCAAGCCAGCCAAGGGCGAAGCCGUCGUCUUUUUCAAAACCAUUCGUCUAACCGCGAAUCCGGGUUCGGCCACAUGUUUCCCUGCGACAGCACAGAUGGCAUGGGUAUCCACGGAUUUUUGCAAAUAUGUCUGGGUCAACAUCACGAAGCAAGGUUACAACUUGUCAUGCGUCCUGUACUAGAACGCACAAAAAUUUGUCUUGCGCGGGUAGCACAACAUGUCUCUUUUUUUUGGCCCUGCUGCAAGAUCGGUAUGUCUCAUUCGACAUAUGCAUCGCAAAGUUCUGCGAAUGUAUGAAACCUGUGAUGCCAACAUGAUAGUCUGCAUUCCAGCAGUCCUGGUGGGGCAUUCAGCAUCUGUGUGGCCGAAACUACACCCUCCUGCACUCAUCUUCCAGAUGAAGAUCCGGACAUAUUUGCAAUGUUCCAUAACAAGCCUCCACUUUCGCCAUCUCCAUGACGAGGAGCGGGGCCGGCGCGAGCAGCGGUUCAGGACCUCGAGAUCUCUAACCCAAAGGGAAAAAGAUGAAUGCGAGAAAUCCCGAAAGCGGAUUACUGUCGAGAACCAUCUACCCGCCUUACCAGACAACUGGUGCGACCGCGUUUGUAGCGGUCCCAGCUGCUGCCCGGGAAUUAUUUUAAAGCCCUCGACUGCCGUUGAUGACGCCCACGCGGCGGCCGCGGGUUUCGCGGAGAUGCCGACGGAGAGUGAUCCGCAAAUUUCCCUGCGGCAACAGUGUCUAGCGCCUUGCAACGACCAUCCGGUUAACGGCGAGGACUCGUGGUGUUCGUCCACUGACUGCCCACUUGCUUGCUGCCUCUGUGCGUGCGUGACGCCGCUCUUCGAGCCGGGGAAAUACACGUCUUCGAACGGUGAAAAUACGUUUUCCUGGCUCAAUCACUGGAAGUACAUUGAAAGAAGGGAUUUGUACUGUUUAGAAAACGAAGGACAGGGAAGAUGCAGCAGUUCUUGUUGCAGUUCUCCGAAUCUUGGGAACAAGGCUGUUGUGUCUAGAAUGAACACCUUGGAGAUGGGAAAAGUCGUGUACCCGCAUGUGGUAUCAAAUGCAAAUAUGCCUGGGUCUGGAAACUUGUAAUGCUGAAUGGUCAUGAUUGACUGUGCUUUUAAGUGCAGCGCAGCAUGACAAAUUUUUCAAACACUUUCUCAUGCGCAGAACGCAUUACAAACUGCGCUUCUGCAUGACGAAAGUGCGGCGCUUGAUUUGCUGCUUAUGCAAUACAAAUUUUUCAGACAUGCGAGACACGCAAUACAGGUUCGACCUUUCCAGACCCAGACGCUUUUGCAAUGCAUAUGUGGAUGAGAGAGAACGAGAACAAGUGUUAAUUCGGGAUGUUGCUUCCCGGCAGACUGGAAAUGUGGACGAAUCGUUGCGGAGCUUGGCUGGAAGACGAAGAGGUUUUUCAAGAGCAUCUCGUCGUGGAGGAAGAAGAGCAAGACCACCUCCUUCGACAGAAGCAGGAGGAGGUCCUCGGGGUCGCGCAUCUUCAAGUCAGGAAAUGCCUCCAUCAACAGAUAGCACAACAGAAGCUCUCGAUUUAUGGCCAACGCCGGAGCAGGCUUCAAGAAUAUUACAAGACCCAGAUGCGUGGUCAUCUGCUCCUACUGCUAGUAUUUCUACUGUUGCUCCACCAGCAUCUUCUGCCGCGCAUCAAGGGGACGAGCGACAGUACCAAGAGAGCCACGACCACGCCACGACAAGAACAGCUCCGGCUCACGACCAUCAAAACGGGCGUAGGCUUUUAACAAACCGUCAAAUCGACCAGCUCCAGCCAGCAUUGCUCGCGCUAACCGAGGAACUAGAGGCACUGCUCACCUUCCAAUUGACCGCGAACAGCUUCCGGUUUCGGUUCUUGGGGGACGAUGUGACAGGUUGUGCGGAGAGUUUGUCGUGCGGAAACAAGAAGAUUUUUGAGAAGCUCUGUUGCGUGCCGGAAAGUUUGAGCGGUGUAAGAUACGACGCAUCAUCAAAGGAGGUCGGGGAGCAAGGACAUCAAGCAGGUCAAGACGCUAACUUUGAAAAAACACUCUCGGAGUUAGAAAGCGAAGCUAUUGAAAGAGCAGAACAGAGCAGCAGGUGUUGCGGCUCCCGCGUCCCAAAUUGCAGACACUACUGUUCCGAGGAAGUCGAAGGUUGUGGAAGCAGGAAACUCACUCACGGCCCGUGCACUUCUGCCUGCUGCGAUAACAUCAAUUGUGCUUGCAGCAGUCUCUGCUGUGCGCGGAAUCACGCUUAUCCGCAGGAAGAUUUUUUACCGUACAGCAAGGACAUCAGACGUACGUAAAUACUGAUAAAAAAUAUCAUGACGCUUUUGGGUCUAUUCCAAAGAACACUCAGCAUGACAAGUCUCAACCACAGCAUGCUUGUACUAAACAGAAUGACAGAAUUUGCAUUGCCAUUUUGUCUGCGUUGUUAGGCUAGCUACGGCAAUAGAAAUUUCCAUUCCAUAACCAUCCCGCCUGUUACUCCUACGGUCUUGGUACCUCGCAUUGCAAGGAGAAUUGGCGAUUUGGGUGCGAAGCAGCAGAGGUAUGCCGCUUGGACCUUACCUGUGACAAAAUCGUGGCAGAACCCGCACUAAACACCAACUGCGUGGCCUGUCUCUUCGCCGGGUGCGUCAAAGACGUCGCUUAUACGUACCUCUUGAACGACAUCCUGCUGCGACGCGGAUUUUUGAAGAAAAGAGUGGAAAGAAGACAAGUGGUGUUUGGAAACGAAUUGACGCGCGGAGUUUGGGAGGAGAUGGUCUCGGAGCUUACUGUUACCCAACGGCACCGCCACGAGGCUCGUGCGGAGAUCAACUAUGAAAGCGUCAGGAUCGAAAUCUUCGACAAGAUCGAAAAAUUUGUGAUGCGCAAAAUCGAUGCCAGUUAAAGUUCUUAGACCAACAGUGUGUAGUCGCAGCGCGACAAAUCUUCCCCGUCCUGGAACCGAGUCUGUCGCGCGGUUUAGGGCAACAAAAGGGCUCCUGUCUGUUAUGCUAGUCAGCAGCCCAACUGCUCUUGACCCUUACCAGGACUAUAAUCCGCCUUCCUCGCAUCCUCUGCAAUAGAGUCGCUUUAUUUUGCGUCGCAUUUAUUUUGUGUGCAUUGCAGAUUCAUUCGACUUUGUCGAUUUCGAUCCUGACCCGCUUCCAUAUCAACCGCCUCGGCAAUAUUAUGUUUGUUGGAACAGAGGACCCGGACAGCGAACUCCUGAUGGAUGCACUGGGAAUAGUGGAAACCCUGCGGGCACGGCGGGCUAGCACGACCGCGUUAGAAGUACAGCAAGAACGUCGACCGCCGCAGCAACAAAUAAUGGAUGAAAUGAGGGCCUCCGGUCCUCGCGGAGAAGAGGAACGAGCGGAGGAGCGUCGUGGUAAUCAUGGUAUUGUUGCUGCUUCAUCUUCAGCAGAAGGAGUACUCCUAGAAGUUGGCGUAGUCCCGCCCGGGCAAGAGCAAGUAGCGGAAGACCACCUACUAGAUCAGGACCGGAGCUUGGCGCAGGGGAUGGGACUGCUAAGCCUAGACGCCAGGGACGCAGGAGAUGAUAUUGAUGAGCAGCGCAGUGGUCGUGGCGCUGCAGACCACGUCGACCAAGAUGUAGUACUAGCACCAACAGAAGAAAGAGAUAUGGAAACUACAACGUCAAGGGCUACUCGAGGGCUCCGAAGAACAACAACUUCACGGCAAGCUGGCCGGCACCAAGGUGUUGAGCGGGGCCCUCGCCUGCCGUUUCAGGGAGAUGGUUUUCACCUACCUUGAUCAGAUUCGGAGCAGGCGGUUAUUUGGAGAUUCUGAUGAAUUCGAGACGUUCUACUUCACGAUGAGACAGAGACUUUGAUAUGAAUUAGAAUUGAACUUCACGUUUGUACUGGACACUUCUGACAGUAGAAAUUAUUUGAGAUUGAUGCUAUUGAAAGUUAGCUUUUAGAGAAUAGAACGAGCGGUGCUCUUCGUUUCGGGAUCUUUCUCAGUCCAAUGCUAGUAGUUGCACUUGAAGAUGAUCUGGAAAAAAAGAAAGACGAAGUGGUGGGAAGUGAAAGAUGUCACGCGGUGAAGAAUCAAUUAGAUUUAUACAAAUUUCAUAGUUCGCUAUGCUACAGCUCGCUAUGCUACACUGCUUAUUUUCAGACUUCCCUUUGGGAUUUUACUUUUCAAUAUACAAAUUUCAUAGGUCUUACGUCCGCGAAAGUUACGAUAAAGUGCAGCUCGUCUCCAACAUUUUUUCUCGUAUUAAAAAGCUAUUGAGAAAACCUUGCGGCCCGAAGAAUGGCCAGGACCAGGUAAAGUUUACAGCUAGGAAGAUGGCCGACACGGCUCACCAAUACCAACUGACGCACUACCUCUACCUCUCUAACUCUAUUUUACUCUAACUCUAGUACUAGUACUUACUUACCUACGACUUGUAUGAUACACACACAGGAGGAGCCCUUACUACUUUUGCUUUCUUGUUGUUCUAGUAUAUUUUCUAUACUGUCGCUGCUCGACCGUAAAUAUGCAACAUGAGCAUGACGCAGCUGUGGGCGAGGAGUCGCAGCUGCACGAAUAUGUACAUGAUCGGAAAGGAUGGCCGCACAGAGCAGACGUCAUCCUCAAGUCUUUCUCUUUUUCGAUAUCACAGGACGUGGUACAACUAUUACACGUUGACAGGGCAUCAAGAAAUGUAUAUGGUUAUGGAGUUGUUUGCUCCUGACAGCGAAUGCGAUGAUUGCACUGAGGCACAAUAGAGUGCAAGUAAAUGAAGAAUAUAGAAGGGAGCUGCCGCAUUCUCAUUCUUGUUCGCUUUUGUGUGUUAGUUUUGCAGCUUCUAGAAAUAUCAGAUGCCGUUCUGUUCUUCUUGUUUUGGAC